ACGUACUAGACGAGCAAGAUUAUGCUUGGCUUUCUAUCGCUCAGUUUUGCUUCCUGCAUUCAGGUGAAGUUUUGCCAUUUUGGUCCCUCCCUCGCUUAGUAUUAACCUGGUUUGCUGAGACAGGAAGCGUACUUACAGCAAGUAGUGUUUAGGGUAGCUGGUCUUUGACAGCCAUGGAAACAAACUUAUGGGAAACCUGGAUAAUAAAAUAAGGAAAACGUGUGCAGGUCAAGUAAACAUUAACAAUAAACUACUUGUUGGAAUACAAACUUUCAGAAUCGUAAAUACAACUGCAUCGAAAACUAAUAGCUUCGCGGAUUAUAAUUUAAUACUGAACAGGUACACCUAUUGGGAAGACUAGAGGAUAAAAAAAGAUAUUCUUUUGUAAAAGAACUACACAUUCUAAGUCAGUUGCUGAUAUUUGAGCUCUGUUUAAAUUUCCCUCCUUUUUAGCAAAGCGGUGAAAGAGGGGGACUUGGAGUAGAAUUCUCCCCGACAGCCUGAGCUCAGGCCUCGGGGUCACAAUCUAGAAUUCUCCCCCGGGAAGGAAGAUAAGGAUACACGUUGGUUAUAUACAUUUAUGUGUUUUAAAGGGAAAUAAGGAGUCGUCGGGGUUGGUUGUGUAUUGUAUUCAUAUUUUAACAAAAUGGAUCAGCAGUGUGGUUCCGCGUCUGCUGGGGUGCCUUCUUCCAAAAGCACCAAAGACAAGAAAUCGAAGAAAAACCUGGAUGACGGAGACGGGAAAAAGAAAUUUACUCUGAAGCGACUGUUUCCUGAUGAGCUGGAGCGCUUCACCAGCAUGAGAACGAAGAAGGAAAAAGAGAAGCCGUAUGUCUCCCAGCGGCACCCCUCUGCCUCACAUUACGAGGUCCCAUCUCAGUCUGCUAUGCUUAACGACCUGCCUGACAAUACUGUGCUGGAACUCUUUGAACAGAUGCUGGUGGAUAUGAAUCUGAUUGGUGAAAAACAGCAGCCCUUGCGAGCAAAGGACAUCUCCAUUAAAAGAGAAAUGGUCUCCCAGUAUCUGCAUACCUCUAAAGCUGGCCAAAGUCAGAAGGAGAGUUCUAGAUCAGCGGUGAUGUAUAUCCAGGAGCUGAAGUGUGGGUUAAGAGAAGGUCAGCUGCUAAGCUGCCUGGAGUCCUUGAGAGUUUCACUCAAUAACAAUCCUGUUAGCUGGGUCCAGAAUUUCGGGGCUGAAGGUUUGGCAUUGCUGCUGGAUAUUUUGAAGAAGUUACAGGAUGAUAAAGACGAUCCAUACAGUGCAAUUGGUGUUAAGUGUCAACAUGAGGUCAUCAGGUGCCUAAAAGCCUUCAUGAACAACAUGCAUGGUAUAAAAGCCAUGCUGAAAUCGGAGGAUGGGAUUCCCCUGCUUGUCCGAGCCAUCAAUCCCAGAGUACCUCACAUCAUGGUAGAUGCUGUGAAACUGGUAUCUGCGAUCUGUAUCUUGGAUCACUCUGACAAUCUGCAUGUCAGUGAGCGUGUGCUGGAAGCCAUUACAGAGCAUGCUGAGAAUGAAGAUAUUGAGAGGUUCCAGCCACUGCUUUCUGGAAUGAGAAAGUCAGGAGUAACUUUGAAGGCAGGUUGCAUGCAGCUGAUCAACGCCCUCAUCACUCAAGGCGAUGAACUGGACUUCAGAAUUCACAUACGGAGCGAGCUGAUGAGACAGGGGCUGAAAGAUAUCCUUACGGAACUGCGUCAGAUUGAGAAUGAAGAGCUGAAAGUGCAGCUGUCUGUGUUUGAUGACCAUUCAGAAGAUGACUCUGAAGAGCUGAGAGCCCGAUUGGAAGAUGUCCGCAUAGAGAUGGAUGAUGUGACUGAAGUUUUCCAGGUCCUUCAAAACACUGUGAAAGACACGAAAGCAGAGCCUUACUUCCUGUCUGUUUUGCAGCACUUCCUCCUCAUUCGCAAUGACUACUUAGCAAGACCUCAGUACUUCAAGCUUAUAGAUGAAUGCAUUUCCCAGAUAAUCUUGCAUAAGAACGGUGCAGAUCCUGACUUCAGAUGUAAAAGGUUUAAACUUGAUGUAGAAGGAUUAAUUGAUAACAUGGUAGACCAGAUCAAAGUAGAGAAGAGUGAAGCUAAAGCUAUUGACCUGGAGAAGAAGCUUGAUACUGAGCUAACUGCCCGACAUGAGCUCCAUGCAGAGCUGAAGAAGAAGGAGAGUGAUUUUGAACUGUAUGUGAAAGAUCUGAAUUCAGAGAAAGAAGCAGUGAUCUUGGAGAAGCAAAAUAAAGAAACGGAGAACAAACAACUGCAGAGCAAGAUUGACAACCUUCAAGAAGAGAUUAACAAGCUGUCUCUAGAACUGCAAGAUGCAAAAACCAAGAUCAUCACAGUGCCAGUUCCAGUGGCAGGACCACCACCAGCUCCCCCACUACCAGGGCAUGUGGGAAUGCCCUUGCCUCCUCCUCCACCUCCCCUUCCUGGGCAAAUGGGAAUGCCACCACCUCCGCCCCCUCCCCCUUUACCAGGGCAAGCAGGAAUGCCCCCUCCACCCCCUCCGUUGCCAGGGCAAACAGGAAUGCCCCCUCCACCCCCUCCGUUGCCAGGGCAAACAGGAAUGCCCCCUCCACCUCCUCCCCUACCAGGACAAGCAGGAAUGCCCCCUCCACCUCCUCCCCUACCAGGACAAGCAGGAAUGCCCCCUCCACCCCCUCCGCUGCCGGGGCAAGCAGGAAUGCCGCCUCCACCCCCACCAUUGCCGGGGCAAGCAGGAAUGCCCCCUCCACCCCCUCCAUUUCCAGGUGGACCUGGGAUGCCACCUCCUCCCCCUCCCCCAGGCGGGCCAGGGGCACCCCCACCUCCUCCCCCUGGCUGGGGGUUUUCUGUCCCAGUUCUUCCGUUUGGGUUGGUGCCCAAGAAGGACUACAAGCCAGAGGUGCAACUCAAAAGGGCUAACUGGUCAAAGAUUGCGCCAGAGGAACUGUCUGAGAAGAGUUUCUGGACAAAGGUGAAAGAAGAUAAAUUUGAAAACAAUGAACUGUUUGCUAAACUCACCCUGGCCUUCUCUGCACAGACCAAGUCAUCUAAAGGUAAGAGUGCAUUUCUUAAAUUAUAUUUUACAUUAAUACACUGAAACUCUGCCGAAAAA